UGGUAUCAAAUUUGGUCAACAAAUAUUGGAUCAGGCCAUCUAGCACUAACUCGAACGUCAGACUCACAACGUGGUCGAGUCUCGACCGUGUCCCAACCGUGGUCCAGCCGUGGCCCAACCUCCCGUCCGUAUUCCCGGUGUGGUGGAAAUUAGUGGUAGGCCCACGACAAAGAUUGGAGAAGCAUGGCCUUGCCCGAUAAGAUUCUCAAGCGCAAGCUCCAGAAGAAGGAGAAGCAGAAGCUCAAAGUACUGAAGCAGCGGGAAGCCCAGCCCGCAGUCCAGCCCGUAGCCCAGUUGGCAGUUUCGACCGUCAAUGAAGACGAUUCGGAUUCGGAGAUGGAAGAGCUGGACCCGCAGGGAGCGGCCGUGGUCAAUGGCGGUCCCAAGCGUCAACACCCGACGGCCGAACCGCCCGCUUCACCCCUGAAAAAGAAGUCGAAAAAAGAUCAGAAGGCGACAACGAAUGGCCAGCCAACUUCAGUCCACGCUAAACUAGCUGACUCGGCCGAGACCGCUCCGCCCCUCGAGACCCCGGAUGAAGCCCCCGACCAUGAGAAAUUGCCCGGAACCAAGCUCGGUAUCUUGUCCGACACGUCGUUCGCUUCUUUGACUGAUCACGUAUCAGAAGCCACCUUGAAAGGUGUGGAGGAAAUGGGUUUCACUCACAUGACGGCCAUUCAAGCCAAGACCAUUCCUCAUCUCCUGGAAGGCCGAGACUUGGUCGGAGCGGCCAAAACUGGAUCUGGCAAGACGCUCUCUUUCCUCAUUCCCGCCGUGGAGCUCAUUAACAAGCUCAAGUUCAUGCCUCGGAAUGGCACCGGUGUCGUCAUCAUUUCACCCACCCGUGAGUUGUCCAUGCAGACCUUUGGCGUGCUCCGCGAAUUGCUCAAGCACCAUUACCACACCUAUGGGUUGAUCAUGGGCGGAGCCAACCGCAAUGCUGAGGCCCAGAAACUCGAGAAGGGGAUUAAUAUCUUGGUGGCCACCCCUGGACGGUUAUUGGAUCACUUGCAGAACACCAAGAAUUUUAUGGUAAAGAACCUCCAAUGUCUGAUCAUUGACGAAGCGGAUCGAAUCCUGGAUGUCGGAUUCGAGGAGGAGAUGAAGAAGAUCAUUCGCUUGUUACCGAAAAAGCGCCAGACCAUGCUGUUCAGUGCUACCACCACCAAGAAGACCGAGGACUUGAUAAAGGUGGCCUUGAAGAAAGAGCCCAUUUACAUUGGGUUGGAGGAUCGCGCGGCCGAUGGAGCGGCCACUGUUAUGGGACUGGAGCAAGGAUACGUGAUCUGUCCUUCAGAGAAACGGCUUCUUUUGUUGUUCACCUUCUUGAAGAAGAAUCGCAAGAAGAAGGUCAUGGUGUUCUUUUCAUCUUGCAUGUCGGUGAAAUACCACAACGAGCUAUUCAAUUACAUUGACUUGCCCGUCAUGUGCAUUCACGGCAAGCAAAAACAAACCAAACGAACCACAACCUUUUUCCAGUUCUGCAAUGCAGACACCGGGAUUCUUUUGUGCACAGACGUGGCUGCCAGAGGUUUGGAUAUCCCCGAUGUAGAUUGGAUUGUCCAAUUUGACCCUCCAGAUGACCCCAAGGAAUAUAUCCAUCGUGUAGGACGUACCGCUCGAGGUGAGGGUGGAAAGGGCCACGCGUUAUUGAUUCUUCGACCGGAAGAAUUGGGGUUCCUUCGAUAUCUGAAGCAAGCCAAUGUACCCCUGAACGAGUUCGAGUUCAGUUGGAGCAAAGUGUCCAAUAUCCAACCCCAGUUGGAGAAGCUCGUGGCCAAGAACUAUUUCUUGAACUUGAGCGCCAAGGAGGCAUUUAAGGCCUAUGUUCGGGCCUACGAAUCCCAUUCGCUGAAGCAGAUCUUUGACGUACACACUCUGGACUUGAAGGCCGUGGGUAACUCCUUUGGUUUCGUGACUCCACCCCACAUCGAUUUGGGAUUGUCAUUGGCGAAUAGGAAUCGGGCCCGGAAAUCCGAAGGCCGUGGAGGUCAUGGGGGUGGAAAGAAAGAUCACAAGACCAAGAUCUUCCGACAGGGAAUGCCCAAUAAGAAGUUUGUGAGGUGAUCCACACAUUUUCAUAAUAACGUUAAUAAAUUGCUUAUGUUUUUGACAACGA